AUGCCCACUUUCUCACGCUUAUCGUCCCACCCCUCGCCGCAUGAUACAACCGCUACGUCGCAGAAUGGCAUUCCGCCGCACAAUCCGCCAACGGUCACUCUCAUACUCCCCGAUGGCUCCGCGCAGCAUUUCCCCCGCACCCUCACCGUGCGAGAGGCGCUUGUUCUGCUCGCGUUGCCUUGCCCCUUCGACGCCGCGGAAACUCCGCCUGCAGCCCCGCCGCCUCCGCCGUUAGCGCCGAGGUCCGCGGCGGAAGCCUCGUUUGCUUCAUCGGCGGAGAACCCCCGCCGCACGCCCCAGCAGGAUCCGCGGUUGGCAAAUCUCCCCCUUGCCAUCUCCGCCCCGGCGCGCGGAAUAUUCGUGAAGGAGCGGCGGAAGUUGCUGAAGGCGGAACUGCUGCGACCCGGUCGAACCUACCACGUGUAUAGACCGAGUGCUGCUAAUAGUACUGAGUCUGCUGCACCUACGCAGAGACUCGACACGGGGAGGAUUGGGGCCAUUGGUGGCGGCGACGAGGGGUCGAAGGAAGCAAAACGAGGCGGUCGCAAGCCGGCGAAGGGGGGACGUGACGAGCGGCGGCAGGCGCGGAGGCAGGGCGACGAGAGGAGAUAUUCCAGCAACAAGGUCUGGCCCCUCGCGCCUCUCCAGUCGUCCGCCAACUCCCCUCCGCGAAUUCCGCGCGUCGUCGUUCCUUCCGCUGCGCCGGCGCGCACCUCCGCUCCUUGCGGCGGAAGUGACUCCGCCGGAAAAGGCGGCGGCAGGAACACGGAGGACGGCCAUGGGAAUGACGAGGCCCUCUUGUCGCCUUCUGACUCGUGCAUGUGCGUGGGCAGGCUUGGGGUUCCGAAACAAGAGAGGUAUGAGGAAUUUGGGUGGGACGAGAGAGCGGAGGGAGAGGAUAGAGAGGACAGAGAGGGCUCAAAGGGCGAAGGAGGGGAGGCGGAGAGGGUCGAGGAGGGAGAGGACAGGGAGGAGGCGAGGGAGGAGGAGGGGGAGGAAGACGCGGGGGAGGGAGGAACUGGGGAGGGUGGAAUGGGUGCGAAGGAGAGCCUGCGAGGGGGCUGCGGCGGCUUCUGGAAGAAGCCAGCAGGGAAGAUCAAUGUUGAUUGUAGCAACGAGAGCGGUACUAACCACGAUAACGAGGGCCAUGCUGCUAGUAACAACGAGAGCAAGCUCACCUACCCGCCGUAUCCCUUUGCCACCACACUUGCGCUGCCACUGGCGCGCUCCCCGAUCCGGGCCCUUCUGUCUUCCCCUCCUGCCCCUUGCUCCCGCGCCGAGCGGGAAAAGGGGAAGCCGUUUACCCUUGCGAGUAUGACUGCGCCUAUCCGCGCCCCUAUCUUCCCCGCGAGCGCCGCCUCUCCUGCCCCCGGAGUGGGGGCGCCGAGCGGAAAUCCGAACGCCCGCGCGCGUGCGCGUGCGGGUGCGGGUGCGGGUGCGGGUGCGGGUGCGGGUGGCUUGGCGGGAGGCACGCGGGAGAAUGGUGGGGCGCCUGAGCAGUCGGCGCGCAGCAGCAGUGGUGCUGCUGCUGCCAGUGCUCGCAACUGUUGCGAGGGCAGAAGCAGUGAGCACGAGAGUCAUGUGCGUGGUGGUGAUUCCGAUGACACAGGUAAUAACGUUGACGGUGGUGAUGGUGGUGGUCCGGGUGGUGGUGGUGGUGGGGGUGAGAGGUGCAGGGAAGAGAGUGUGAAGAGAGUAGACGGGGGAGGAGGAUCGGCUCUGUGGCAUGUGAUGAGGAGGUGUGGGAUCGGCAGUUCCAGGGGAACGGACAGCACAAGCAAGAAAGCCAGCAGCAGCAGUAGCGGCGGGGGCAGCAGCAGCAGUGGCAGGCGAUGGGGUGGUAGGACUGCCAUGAGGAGUGCCAAGGUGGCCCCUUGGAACAACGGCAGCAGCGGCAGCGGCAGCAGCAGCGCCGCGAGCAGCGUGGGGAGCGGUGAUGGUGACAGCACGGCAGCAAGGAGCAGUAGUGUGGGUGACAGCAGUGAGAUGAGGGCAGGCGCUGGGGCGGCAGGUGCUGCUGCUGCUGCUGCUGGUACUGCUGCUCUGUGGGGCGUGAAGGGAGGAGGAGGAGGAGGAGGGACGGGGUUGUCAGAGGUGAGUGGGUUGUGGUUGCUGGAUAAACACUUGGCUGCUGCAGCAGAGGACAGCGCUUCUGGUCGAGCUGCUGCUGGUGAUGAUGACGACGAUGAUUCGGAUGCGGACAGUGAUGCGAGGGAGAUGGCGUUUCUACACAAGCAGCUGCAGAUGUACCGUCUCUCCUGCCCCAUCGCCCCUGCCCUGCCGCGCAGCAGCAGACGGCGCCGCUCCUGUGGGGGCAGCAUGGGCAUCACAUGGCGGCCGAAACUGCCAGGAAUAGCUGAGGCCGCGGGGGAGGGUGGGGAGGGCAGUGACCACACUGGAGAAGGCGAGGCGAGGACUGCUUGA